GGAUACCACCAGCCCGCCGGAUGUGCUUUCCCACAGCGACUUGCCAUAAUAAUUCCAUAUAGAGACAGAGAGGUGAACCUGAAGAUCCUCCUCAACAACCUCCACAGAGUGCUUCAGAAGCAACAAGCGGAGUAUGCCAUUUUUGUGGUGGAGCAGGAAAAUGGUACUCCUUUUAACAGAGGAAUGAUUAAAAACAUUGGUUACCUUGAAGCCAAGGCUCUGUGUCAUUUUGACUGUUUCACCUUCCAUGAUGUCGACUUGGUGCCUGAGAGUGAGCGGAAUACCUACUUCUGUGGGGAGAAGGCUUUGCAUCACUCUCAAAAACUUGCCUUUAAGAAUUACAGGUAG